UCUUCACUCUGUUAAAUUGAUAGCACCAGACCAAAUUGCAGAGGAACAAUAGAAGAAGAUGAAGGUUCUAGAAAAGUGGUUGGCCUUGCUGUACCCAAGAGUGCAGGGAGGAGGAGAGGAAGAAUGCUGCAGUGUGUGUCUGAUGAGAAUGGAGGAAAAAGAUGUCAAGUCUCUACCUUGUUCCCAUGAGUUCCAUAGCCUCUGCGUUGAUACAUGGUUCAGUGUCAGCCGCAAGAUUUGCUGUCCUCUUUGCCGCUUUUCACCCGCUACCAUCCUCCUCACCGAUGAACUUCUCCUCUGGUUUUCUUCUUUCCAUUUCUGAUUUCUUCAUGUUUAUCUCUUCUUGGGAUCAAACACCUUUCUCCUUGUAAUUCUACAAACUCUCUUGUAGUACUAGUUUUUUCUUUCAAGGGUGAACCGUCUAAGAUGUUUGAUUCUCAGAACAAAAAUGGGAAAGACUUGUAAAUAAAUUGUUGAUGCCAAUUACCUCUUCUUAAUUACAACCGCCACACAAAAUAAAAAGCAAUGUGAAACACAUCACAUUUUAGUAAGGGAAGCUGAUAGCCUCAUUGCCGCUCUCUAUAUUCCAGAUUUCUACUCUCUCUUGUUCUGGAGAUCCUCUGGUUAUCCCCUGCUCCAACAGGACAAGUGCUGGAAAUGCUUUGUAUCUAUGUGAUCAUGUUAUGACACCAUGUAUACAUUAGCUUGUAUACCUUAUAAAUUCAUCCUGCAACACAUA